AUGGGUCCCGGGCCCCGCUCGCUGCUGCUGCCCGCCGCCCUCCUGCUGCUCCUCGCCGGCCGGGGCACCGUGCUCGGCGACACACCUGCCAACUGCACCUACCCCGACCUGCUGGGCACCUGGGUUUUCGAAGUGGGCCCCAGCACGUCUGACCGCAAUAUCAACUGCUCAGCUGUGGGACCCCCAGAAAAAAAAGUAGUGGUGUACCUUCAGAAAUUUGACACAGCACAUGAUGACCUGGGCCAUUCCGGCCAUUUCACCAUCGUUUACAAUCAAGGCUUUGAAAUUGUGUUGAAUGACUACAAGUGGUUUGCCUUUUUUAAGGAUGUCACUGAUUUUAUCAGUCAGUUAUUCAUGCAACUGGGAACUGUGGGAAUAUAUGAUUUGCCACAUCUGAGGAACAAACUGGUUGUUAAAUAGAGCAUCUGCUGAGGCGCUCUUUUAAAGCCACCCAGCCACGAAAGGACAGACUAUGUGACUCUGAGGCAGAGCAGCACAGCAACCUAUGUACCUCUGGCAACUAGCAGAGGCCUCGCAGCUACAGUCUGUUCUGCAGUUUCUAUUUGCACAGAAAUUUCAAAGGAGCCCCGGGACCUCCUUCGAAGGCAGCUGCCCUCCGGAACGCUUCCUUGAAGGCAGUAAUCACCAUUUUGGAAUGUGAAACACCAGAAUCUACACAGGAAAAAAUAAAAAUGUAUAUCUCUGGAAGAAAGGAAGUCUUUAAUGGCUUCACCAGUCAGCCUUUUAAUCAAAGGAAAUCUUUGCAACGUGUUAACUUAUUUUAUAAUUCUUUUGAAUACUCCUGCAUGGAAAUGAUCUUUCAGGAUUAUGAUUUGAUUUAAAAAAAAAUAAUAUUUCAUUUUAUUCAUUGUAUCAGAUAAGUUGCUAAUUCCUAAGUACCUUCCGUUUCUCUUGUUACCUGGAGGAACUUCAGAACCUAUGGUACGGAGAAAAUGAAGUAUCACUUGUGAUACACAGCUCUAAGUUAGUGAUGGCCAGAGGUCCUUUGGAGCACUGUUGAAAAGGUAGCCAACCUCAUGAAGGGUCUGCUGAAAGUAGCAGGCCGAUAGGAUGCUUGUUCAUAAAGAUGGCGUGGUUAAUUAUCUGUUUUUAGUAGGUGCUAAGUUCUGUGCUAAGAAUUUGAUGUACUUUGCCUGACUAAAAACUUCCUAUAGAUAAUAGCAAUUCUAUGUUACAGAGAGGUCAAAUGAGGCUCAGACUAAUUAGCAUUUUGCUUAAAGUCACAUGACUGUAAAUAUGGAAACUCUAGUUUUAGCCUUUCAAGUUUAAGGUCUUCCUUGUAGCUAAAGAACAAAAGAACAACCAUUUCACAAAGAACUUAUGGUAUUUGGGUCACAUUUGAGUUGAUUUUUCUGGUGAUUUUCAGCCCAUAUGUAUCAUUAAUGUUACUUUGGUGAUGUAUGAACUGCAUUAGCUCCUACUGAAAUCUUAGGGAAUUAUUGGCGGGAAGCUUAGGUUCCCUUACCUAAGUUUCCAAAUCACUUCAUUUUCUAAACCAAGGUCCUUUCAGUCAAGGUAAAAAUUUACCUUCCCCUUUCCUUGAUCAUUCUAAAAAAUGGAGAGCUUUAUAAACUCCAAAUUAAGUACUUCUGACAAAUGGACCUCUCAAUCACACUAUUCACAAUGAUUGCUAUGUGUUAGCCUUUUCCUGCUAAACAAUGACUGAUUUCCUUCUUCGCUGGUUUAAAGCAAAUGCAUGCCACUACUCUAAUCUCCUCGGGUUGCCUUGGGUUAGAAUCACCUCUUGGGUGACUAACAACAGCAGUACCCAGUCCUGAAAAGCCUAAACUAUGAGACUCCACCUACACUAUAUUAUCUGGGUGAUUUCUUUAUUUGUUCAGAGUUCUUAUACCAUCUGAGAAGUUCUGAUGUGCUGUUCUGAGCAUGUUAUAUUUCACAAAUAUGAUAUAAAAACUUGGAUACUUUUUUCUUUCUUCACCUCUCACUAACUCACUGCCAUUGAGUUGAUGCCAACUGAGUGGGCCUGUGCG